CCGGUCGACCGCGCGGCCACGUGCCCGCUCCUGCUGCGCACCUUUGUCAAGCGCGGCCGCCACCACUCGAGCUCCGACUUUGCGCGCGGCGCGGCGCCGACCGCCGACGAGGUGCCACUGCACGGGUGGCAGGACACGUCGCUGUACGAGCUCAAGGAGCUCCUCAAGGGGGUGCACCCCGCCGCGCGGGAGCGGGGCCUCGUCUUCUCCUUCUCGCAGGUCUACCCCGAUAAGCGCGGCGCUCUCGUGCUGAGGGAGGUUGGCUCCUGCCUGUCGCUCAAGCGAGGCAACGACGACGCGAAGACGCUCGCCGAGCUGCAGUUCAUGGCGGGGGAUCAUCUCGAUAUCGCGCUG